UCUUAACCACAUGUGGCUCGGCAGUACGGUUCAUUACGGUGGGUCUGACUGAUCCACUGGCACUACAAGGAGAAGGCUUUGCCGGUGCUGUCCGUCAAAUCUUAAACGCCGGCCAGUACGCCGUGCCGGGCGUCAGGUCAGUGGCGGUUCGCGCGAGCUAAAGAGAAUGGGUUAGGGGGAAGGAUGCUGGAUUACGGACUUUGGCCACUUUUGCGAAAAAGGAGAGUUGCGGUCGGAUCUUUUAUUAUUAUGGACACACAGUGACAAAGAAGAAGAAAGAAAAUAAAGAAAACAGAGGCGGGGAUUGAUUUAGUACCUCCGCAAUUCCUCGUAUUUUCAUUCUUUUUCUUUUGAGAAAUGAUCGCGGAGCUGCUCAGCUGCGCCGUGGCUGUCGUCCUUUAUCUGAACACCCUGGGCGCUGAUUUCUGCUACGAUGACAGCCGUGCAAUUAAAACCAACCAGGACCUCCUUCCAGAAACUCCCUGGACAAACAUCUUCUAUGAUGAUUUCUGGGGAACGCUUCUCACCCACAGCGGCAGCCAUAAGUCUUAUCGGCCCCUAUGCACCCUCUCCUUCCGCCUGAACUACGCUCUGGGUGCUUUGGAUCCAUGGGGGUACCAUUUGGUGAACGUGGUGCUCCACUGCGCCGUCACAGGCCUCUUCGCCCACCUCUGUCGCCCCCUGCUGGGUGGCGGUCGCUGGACACUGAUGGCCGGGCUGCUCUUCGCCUCACAUCCAGUGCACACGGAGGCAGUGGCCGGCGUGGUGGGCCGGGCAGAUGUUGGGGCAGCACUCUUCUUCUUGCUCUCGCUCCUGUGCUAUGAGCGACACUGCGCCCUUGGUCUGCCCUUGGCCCAACUCUCGUUUCGCUCCUGGGCCUGGUUCUUGAGUAGCCUUGCUUGCGCCUCCUGCAGCAUGCUCUGGAAGGAGCAGGGAGUCACUGUGCUGGCCGUGUCAGCCGUCUAUGACGUCUUCAUCCUGCAGCGUCUCAAACUCCGACGGCUCUUCGUCCUUCUCCACAAGAGGAAAAGCACCUACCUGCUGGGUCGGGUGGGCUUUCUGGCUGUGUGGGGAGCUUUGUUGCUGGGGGCCCGUCUCUACUGGAUGGGCAACAAACCCCCCAGCUUCUCCAACUCCGACAACCCUGCUGCUGACUCGCCCAGCCUGUUGGCCAGGACCCUCACCUUCCUCUACCUGCCAGCAGCCAAUGUGUGGCUCCUCCUAUGCCCGAACAUGCUAAGCUUUGAUUGGUCCAUGGAUGCUGUGCCCCUGCUGGAGAACACUGUCGAUUGGAGGAACCUGCACAUCUUGGCCUUCUACACCAUGCUGCUUUUCCUGGCAUGGAUCGGACUCCGGGGUCUGGUGGAGGCUGAUGGGAGGUCCCACGUUGCCAACGGGAAGCCCAUCGCCAAUGGGCAUGACUGCCACUCAGAUGUUGUCUUUGCAUCCCCGAAAAAUACCACCAAUGGUACCGGUAGUCAUGGUGCCUUGGCAGGCUUCCUGCCUGGCUUGGAGAAUAUAGUGGCAUUCUCUCUGAGCCUCUUAGCCAUCCCCUUUCUCCCUGCCACCAAUCUGUUCUUCUAUGUGGGCUUCGUGAUAGCUGAGCGGGUCCUCUACAUCCCCAGUAUGGGCUUCUGCCUGCUUGUGACAGUGGCCAUGCGCUGCCUCUACAUCAGACUCAGGGGCAGGCUCUUCAAGGUGCUCGUGUUGUACUGCAGUGCCAGUCUGCUAGUCCUCUACGGCGUAAAGACCAUGCUAAGGAACCACGAAUGGCAAACUGAGGAGAUGCUUUACAAGUCAGGGAUAUCCGUGAACCCUGCAAAAGCCUGGGGCAACCUAGGGAACGUCCUGAAGAACCAGGGCAAGGUGAUGGAGGCCGAGAGAGCCUACAGGAACGCCCUGUACUAUCGCAGAAACAUGGCGGACAUGCUGUACAACCUGGGCUUGCUGCUUCAGGAAAACAGCAGGUCCACCGAGGCCUUGCAUUACUAUAAGCUGGCCAUUGAGAGCAGGCCUUCGCUAGCUUCCGCAUACUUGAACACGGGGAUUAUCCUGAUGACUGAGGGACACCUGGACGAGGCCAAGCGCACCUUCCUCACCUGUGCCGACAUCCCCGAUGAGAACCUGAAAGAUCCGCACGCCCACCGGAGCUCGGUCACUAGCUGCUUGUAUAACCUGGGCAAGUUGCUGCAUGAACAGGGCCACCAGGAGGAGGCACUCUCUGUGUAUAAGGAGGCACUGCAGAAGAUGCCGAAGCAGUUUGCACCUCAGAGCCUCUACAACAUGAUGGGAGAGGCCUACAUGAAGCUGAAUAAGUUGGCCAAGGCUGAAUAUUGGUACAAGGAGUCCCUAAGGGUGAAACCUGACCAUAUUCCUGCCCACCUGACCUACGGCAAACUACUGGCCCUCAUGGGUGCAAAAGAGGAAGCAGAGAGGUACUUCCUGACAGCGAUAGAGCUCGAUCCAACGAAAGGGAACUGUUACAUGCACUAUGGGCAGUUUCUGCUGGAGGAGGCUCGUGUGCAGGAGGCUGCUGAGAUGGCACAGAAGGCCGUGUGGCUGGACAGCACUGAAUUCGAUGUGGUGUUCAACGCAGCCCAUAUGCUCAGACAAGCAAGUCUCAAUAAAGAAGCAGAGGAGUUUUACUGUCUAGCUGCGAGCCUGAAACCCCAUCAUCCUGCAGCUUUGAUGAACUUCGGCGCUAUACUGCAUCUCAAUGGGAAGCUACGGGAGGCUGAAGUCAAUUACCUCCGAGCCUUGGAGCUCAAGCCAGAUGACGUCAUCACGCAGUCUAACCUGCGCAAGCUGUGGAACAUCAUGGAGAGGCAGGGCCUCAAGGCCUCCGCCCCCUGACCCCUGACACUUGACCGGAGAGGAACUGGACAUGAUAAACUAUUGACCCUUUGAUGGUGGAGAGAUGCACACAGAUCUGUUGUUCCUGGGACAUCAGCUUCUUCACAAGGAAACACAUCUUGGUCAUCGUCUUUCCCCCCUUCUCUCCAAACGUCCAGAGAGUGAAUCUGAAGACGGCCACUGACAUGUACGUGAAGUUCUGCAGUAAACCAGAUCUGGAUUUGUUAAUAAGUAAAGCAUAAAGGAGUUAAAAUUUGACCGUAAUGUUCAUCGUUUAGUUUGCCAUCGUCUCGUGGAGACUGUAAAACCCUUCUGACUAAGAUCUUGUUUGCUGUACAUGAGCUCACUGGGUAGUUCAUGCUGUGCCUGAAGAAUUGUACCUUUUCGGGUAAAAACUGCAUUUAUUUUGUGAUGCCAUGUCCUCACAUGAAAUUUUACUCAAAGUAUAUUGCUUCAUAUCAAAAUGUCAUUAUUUUAAUUGGGUUUGAUGUUUAAAUUAUCGGCCGGGGUGACACUCAAAGAUAAAAACAGUUUUGAAAUGUUUAGGGUUGUUUUGUGUUUAGGGUUUAAUUGACUCCACUAGCUAUUUAAGUCAGUCUGGUUUCAGUUCUGAACUUGGGCUCUGCCCUUUGGGCGCAGAUGAGUUGUGGUAUCAGUGCAGCCACAGAGAGCCGGAACUGAGAAUUCAUGUCAGUUAGAGUGACUCUUGAUCUCACAGCAGUCCUGUUACUGUAGCAGCUCAUGCUUCUGUUCCCUAAUGCAUCCUUUGGCAGAAAUAGGGUUGCUGCCUACAAGCUUCCUCUCUGAUAGUGCACAAGUGGGAAAAUUGGUCACUCAUCCCAGCCCCAUUUUUAGCCCACAAAUUCAGGUGGUGCCAAACGCUGAUGGAUCUUUCUGGUAAACAGAUAUCAGUUGUGACAGCAUUGAAUUAGAAACAAACCAAAAAGCUGUACAGAUGUACAACCUUAUCACAGUCGCAGUCAGUCAUUUUUGGACGAGAAUCCCUGUCAUAAUUUUUCUUGCGGUGUUAGUGUGUGGAUUCAUAGUGCAUUGUAUAGAACACACUUGGGGUGGGGGGCUUACACACCCACCUUCCUGGAAUAAUGACUCACAUAUCCACCAUUCAUCAAAGCUUCUCAUUCUUCAUUUGAGUACUUGUCAGUAUUUCUCCCAGGAAAACUUUGAUUUUUUUCAUUGUCCUGACAUUGACUGGAUUACACACAGGUCUCUGGGAAACUAUUAGUCUUAUUUGGGCUAAUGUAUCUUAUAUUUUGUCUUAACUUAUUGCAGCGUGUAAUCUUGGCUUGUAAGCAUGCUUUUGCUUGUUAGUAUUUAAAUUGUUUGAAGUGGAGAAACAAAGGAGGUGUUGCAAUUUAUUAUGAUGAAAUAAGCAUUUUCUUUGAAGGAUACCUGGUCGUUAUCUAGUUAAUGUGUUCAACUGUUACGGCCUAAAAUGAUUUGUCUUUCCAUCUGACACACCCCACUCUGAGUGCCUAUAUUAAAAAAGAAAAAUCUAGCAGUCCCAAAACGAGAUUAAUUUAAAAGUUUGCUCUGCUUUUGGUCGGCGGAAGAGAAACUCCUUCAUCUUGUGCAGUAUUUGUUUACAUUAGCCAUCACCUUUUGAGAUUCACAGAAGAACGGGAAUUUGGGCCACAUCAUAUUUAGGAACUCAAUUAAUUCUACAGGUUCUUGCUUGAAAACUUAGUAGUAAAUUUUGUUUUUCAUGCCUAGUUUUGCUAGAGAUUAGUCAAGAAACCCUUUUUAAGGAAACCCUUAAUGCUUUCCUGGUUAUUCUCAGCAAAUCACGCUAACAAACGUGGUCAUGGAUCUUUGGUGACCGUGGUAACCAUGGUGACAGUAUUGGCACCGUGUCGCCAGUGAAGAUGCUGGCCAUUGCAGAUAUUCAGAAUAAGAGCAAACUGGGAGGAAAGGAGAGGUCUCUCUCCCCGUGUCUGCUCAGGGAUCUUGUACAGUGGCUUUGUCCAGAGCUGUGCUCUCAUAGUACAGGGAGAGUUUACUUCAAAGUUUUAUUUUUUGAAAAUGGUCAUAUUUGUAUAAAUUAUGCAGAUUUGUAGCCUUUCCUUUUGUAAUAUAAAAUGUUCUGUGCCAGAAUGGGUCAUCCAAGAUGUUUUUUCCCCUAAAAUAAAGUUAAAAUGCUGUCAUAUCUAAA